CCCGUGACCGACGAAUAAUAAACAAUCGGGAUCUCGCUACGGCCUUCGUUCGUAUCACGGGACACCCCGGCCGAAAGGACUUGAAUUAUUGAGCUUCUCGGCGUGAAUGUCCCGAGACGCGAGGAUAAGCGCCACUAUGUUACGGUGAUCGAUCGGGGUUGACGUCUCCCGGUUCCAUUUUCGAAGCGGCAUAGCUGUCGAAUGCGAGGCCGCGACAGUGACAGUGACAGCGAGACGUCGUCGAUCGGAGAGGUGGGGAGGCAGAUGAGCGCGGCGCUGCGUGUGCUGCUUGGUGCUGGCCGCGUGCGAGCACUGCUACUGGGCCGUGACGAAGCUGUUGCACAGCGACAAGCGCGAUGAGCGUCAGCGUGCGUUCGGUGCUUGUGGAGGGCCCAGCGGCGCCGCGCGCGAGGGGACAGUUCACUUAUGCUAGCACGCCGCGCGCGCUGUACAACAACAUGAAGCUCAAAAGGGACCCCUCUUGCGGCGGCGUGGCGUACUCGAACGUGAUGCACGACAAGCGCGUCGUGCGCGGCUCUACCUUCGCCGCGCACCCGCUCGCGCAGGGCGACGGCGCCGAGAGCCUCGCGGCGCGCGCGGCGCGGACGCGCCGGAGGGCCAUGGCGCGGCGCGCGGCCGCGGCCCGCCUGCGCCCCGGCACGCCGCCGCCGGCGCCCGGCCGCCGGCACCAUCCCAUCCAGACGGAGUACUAUCUGGAAGAGCUGUUCGACAAAGGCGUGGAGAUGGACGUAGGCGUGCAGACGGACCUAUUCAUGGACCGCCCCUCGACGCCACUGUACGUGCCCGCUAAGACCGGCGCCGACGCCGCCACGCAAAUCUACCCCGGCGACUUGUUCGACUUCGACCUGGAAGUGCAGCCGAUCCUGGAGGUGCUAGUGGGCAAGACCACAGAGCAGGCGCUGGCGGAGGUGGCGCAGGAAGAGGAGCUGGCGACGCUGCGCGAGCAGCAGCGGCGCUACGUGGAGCUGCGCGACGCCGAGCGCGCCGAGCGCCAGCGGCUCGCCGCGCAGGACCUUCGCCUGCACCAGGAAAAGGAGCGCCGCGUGGCGGAGGCGCGCGAGGCGCAGCUGGCGGCGACGGAGGCCCGCGAGCGCGCCGCGGCCGCCGUGCUGGUGCAGGGCUACGUCGCCGAGCUGCUGCCGGCCGUGCUCGCCGGCUUGCGCGACCAGGGCUACCUCAUGGAGCGCAUCGAGAGAGGCGUGGACGAGGAGUUCAUGCCGUGGCUGGUGGCUGAAGUGUCGCAGGAGAUCGAGUCGAUCAUUACGAGCCGCGAUGUCAUUACGGAGAUCGUGCGCGAUGUGGUGGAGGCGCGCGCGGAGCUGUACCGAGCGGCAGGUGAAAGAGAGGCCGACCGCGUACCCUCGGAGGAUGCCAUCUCGCUGCCCUCACUGCAGGGAGAAGAGGAGGAGGACGAAUUGCGAGAGAAUCCCUAGAGUUACCUAAGCGCCCCAGAGCAGCGCCGCCGCCGCAGUCACGCGUCUGAGCCACAUAACUACUCGAAAAUAUUUCUUUAGCUUAAAUAUAUUUUUAUUGGACUAUCUACCCACUUACAAUUAUGUUUAAGGAGAACAGCUGCCCCAGAGCAAAACCUAGUAAGAGCUUUAUACAAAAUUUUACAGGAGAGCCAAAAAACACAAAUCAAAGUUGCCCUUAAACAAAUUUUCCUUUUAAUAUAAAACACUAAUUCGUAUUAACGAAUAUAUUGAUGUCACAAAAAUGAUUACAAUUUAUAUAUUACAUAUUAAUACCCCUUUUAUUUAUUUUUAUUUAUUUAUUUAUUUAUUUAUUUAUUUAUUUAACAAGGAACACUUACAGCUAAAAACUAAAAUAGGAAAAUACAAUAACAACAUAAAGCCACUUAAAAGUCUUCACUAAUAGAAACACAAUAAAAAAUGAACACGACAGAUCCUAGGCUAAAUUAAAACAAGAGAUAAAACAAUUUUGACUAAAUAGGAACAUCACAGAACAACACAAAAGCCUCUCAGACAAUACAAGU